CAAUAAAUUCGGUGAUCAUAAUUCAGAUGAAAAUAAAUACUCAAUUAGCCGCAGCAUACGAUGAGUUCAUCAGACGAGGAGAACACCAAGCCGAUCUACUUCUGGCGAUUGGAAGACGAAAACGCAUACCUAGGCCAGUGGUAUCUAGCGUCGUUCGUGUGGCAGAAUGGCAAGAACAAGUUCUCAUACGCUAAUGCAGAACAAUACAUGAUGCACCGCAAAUCCCUCCUUUUCGCUGGUCCCGACCACCCUAUGACUCAGCGGCUCCAAGCCGGGUGGAAACUGCAUCCACGUAAGCUGCGUGAUCUGGGCCGUCAGAUUCCCGGCCUCGACGAGACGGUCUGGCAGGCGGAACGAUAUGCGAUCGUGGCAGAGGGUACUUAUCUAAAAUUCAAACAGAACCCGGAUAUUGCGGCGCCGCUACUCGCAACAGGGACCGGUGAGAUUGUCGAGGCAAGUCCCAGCGACCGCAUCUGGGGGGUAGGAUUCGGGCGCGAGUGUGCGGAUUUAUGGCGGGAGGAAUGGGGGAUGAUUCUUUUGGGCGAGGCGUUGAUGGAGGCCAGAACAAGACUGAGGGAUGAGAAGAGAAUGGUUAGAGACGCGGAUUAGGGCUGCUAAAACCCCGC